UCAUGCACGCUGUCAGGGCGAUAUGUCAACGUGUUGUUACCGGAGGUGGAAUGCAAGCAUUUUGAGGCCGUAUUUUUACCAAACAAUUUGCUGAGUAAAAUCAUCUAUCGUCGCUUUAUCGCACUCUGUUUCAUAGGCAGCUUAUUGCAUUUACCAUGAACAGGUAGCGUAGCAAACAUCCACGACCGAAAGAGGCAAGGCCAUAACGAUCGGUGCAGAAAUUCAAUGUACUGAUAGGUUCGGCUUCUUCCUCGUGGUAGACAUUAGGUGCAAAUAUAAUGGAAGAUGAAGACGAUCCCGUCGUGGAAGAGAUUCCUGUACAUUUAUCAAAAGCGCUAGCAGAAAAUUUGUACGUUCUUCAGUAUCCGCUAAAAUCAGCGACAACAACGUUCGAUGACGGCCGGGUGGUGAAUUGUUGCGUGAAGCCCAUCAAUCAACAGAUAAAGGUAGACUAUGCACUGAACACAGCAUCCAAGAACUAUGAUGCCUUCAAGGGGGAACAAUUUGCCCUGGCCGCCGAUGGGAAGCAGCGGGAUAAAACCCAAAAACUUACGUUCCGCAGCGGAACCAUGGACAAACAGUCGUUCCUGAGCACGAAACCGAUCGAGGAUGUGAGCCGCUACCUGGUGUGCGUGAUCCAGGACGGGGAGGUGCAUGCGACCCCGCUGAAAGGUAUCGUGUCGAUGCGGCAGAUGUUUUCCUACUUCGACAAACAGGACAAGCGCACAAAGGCGGAACAGAAGGCAGAACAGGAUGCGGACGGUGCUGCCGAGGAUGAGGAACUGACGCAGGUGACCGUCAAGUUUGCUCGGUUAGAAAACGAAAAGGUGCGCAAGGCGCGUGAGAAAUCCUUCAACUAUCUCUCUAAAAUGGAAGCGGAAGAACCGUGGUGCGAAACGUUUUGGCACGAGAAAAGCUCUGCUACGGCGGAACUCGAGAGACAGAAGCUGUUCGGUGGUACCAGUGCCAGUGGAAGCGGAAGACUAGAGACGGAUAAUGCCGCGCUCAACGUUAAACCGGUCGAGUACAUGGAUAUGUUAAUCAGCAAGGAGAAGACGGACCGAAACAUCGAUUCGCUUCUGCCCAGUCAGGUCGUGUGUAUGCACAAGCUAAAGCAGCUCACCCUACAGGAACAGCUAAAAGUCAUUCUCACCGAUGCAAAAGUAAUCACGUCGCAACAAAUACUCGAUUUGCUGCCGGAUCGAACGUUAGCACCGGAGAAGGUGCGACGAUUGUUGCCCCAGGUUGGAUGGUUGAUACGGGGCAACUGGGUCAUACAGUCGGAGUACAUCUACCCCGACGGUAGCGUGUCCGGUACGAAUGGCGUCGCGGCGGAACAGAUGCGCAAAGCACGCGACUACAUUAUGUUCCGCUUUACGAAAUGUGAUAAACUGGAGCGGCACCAGCUGGUAGCCAUAACGCAACUGCCGGCCGAAGAAAUUCGAGAAAUUUUGUCCACGAUAGCGAAGCUAAACGCGGCCGACCGUACCUGGAGCAUGCUGUUGCCACCGAACGAAGGUUUCCAGUGUGUGGACGAACAGGAGAUCAGUGAUCGGCAGGGCGCGUUCUGGACGGCACGGUCCGAUAAAUUUAUCGAGAUGGAACGGAACAGCAGUGCGUCCACAUCGAAACGGGUACGGAAGCGUUCGACUCGCGAUAGUUAGCUGGCUAGAAUGGGGCACAGUUUCGGUAUUCCGUAGGCUGGAAUCAGUUCCUCAGUUGCUUACAGCCGAUCCGGGUGGCUAGGCGCUGGAAUCCAGCUACGGAGACGGAAGGAAUCACCCCAAAUCCGGAACUAGAUAUUGUAUAAACACACACACACACACACGUAUUUGCUUUAAGUUCGUUGGGUGGUGCGCGCAUAGCGGCGAGGGUUUUUUUUUCUUGGCGUGAGAUGAUGCUCGUUUCGGAAGGCUUCCCCCGAUCCUCGAUACACCCGGUUCCUGCCAGGCCAAUAUGUUUAAGUUUUUAAUUUAUACGAAAUACACGUAAUUCACUCACGGAGUUAUCGGAAUCA